AUGGCUUGGACUGAGACAGCCAUUUUGCAACGGCUGAAGAAGUUGAAUGCCCCGAAGGUGCUGGCUUUCGCCUGCCUCCUGCUGCUCUGGAACACUUCGGUGGAUUGGAGCCACCAGGAUGUCUUGUUUAUCGAGAGCUUCGCCGGAACCCAGGCAGCCACGCAGGCUGUGAGAUCCCGGUUCACAAACCAUGCCACAGCUGCGUUUGAUAUCCAGUACUCUGAGACAAUGGACAUCAAUUCCAGCAGUGGAAUGGGGGCAGCGCUUAUUGCCAUCUUACGAGGGGACCCGUCAGGGUUUGUACACUGGAUGGGGGUUCAGUGCUCAACAUGGGUUUCCACAUCGCGUGGCAGCACGGGACGAAGCGCUCUGGUUCCUGAAGGCCUAGAGGAUGAGGUUCAAUGCGUGAAGAUGGCCAAUCAAAUGGCAUCACGGGUCGCUUUGCUAUGCCUGGCAACCCUCGCCUUUCGAGGGACUUGGGUAACGGAGCAGCCAAGAAGCUCGCUUCUGCACGACCAUGACCGCAUGGCCGGCCUCAAGCGCUCAACGGAGGUGUGGCGGUGCAGUUUCUGGAUGUGGUGGUAUGGAGCUCCAACAGCCAAAAGGACAACUUUAAGAUCAUCAUCACCUUCCAUAGGCCUCUUUUGGACUCAAAAGCUCAAGAAAUUUCAGUACCAACAGGCCAGGGCCGAAAUGGAGGACGCACCACAUCCUGUCAAGAAGUAUAAAGAUGCUGAAGGGCGGGCAAGAUACCAUGGCCAUGGGACCUCACAGCUUAAGCUGACAGAGAACUACACGCAAACCUUUGGUGAGCGAAUCGCCACCCUUGUCAACAAGCUCAAGCCGGGCUGUGAUUACGUGACCCACGAUGAUGAGCUUGAUGGGGUCUCAAUUUGGACCUCGUGGGAAUGGGGCGAUAUGUGGGAUGAUGCAUCCUUGAGGGAGGUGUGCCUGUACCUUUAUGGAGCCAAGAGCCUGAAAGUGCCUCCAAGGUGGAAGCAAGUGCUUCCAAAAGAAAUCUAG